AUGUACCCUUCAAUCUGCAUCACUCACCUAUGUGAUCUUGACACGCUCUCUGCGCAUCCGCUCGAUACCAGACCCAGCCCCUACCUUCAAGUUGGGUCAAAUCAGUUGGUGCUCUACGAUGUUCGCAAGUCCGUGAAGGAAGAGAUCAAGGAAAUCACAAUGAGCGGCCUCUCAGCAAUGUUAAAUGUGGGCAUGACCGAGAUUCGCAUCAUCUCGAAGGCAUUCCCUUGGUCAAUCGACAUCAAAGCGCCUGCUGGUUAUCACGUCACAUGCAACUCGGUCUUUAGGGCAUUGCAUGAUCAGCUACAAAAUUACAUCACAGACGUGGAGUGGGCAAUCGUGGCUGUUGAUAAGACACGGAAGAAAGCAAUCUGCGAGGCUGCAAAUUUGAGGCAAAAGAAGGACAAGGACAAUAAACUGAAGAGAAUUGAUUGGCUGGGUGAUAUGACAGUGUUUAAGGGGCUGGAGGAGGACAAGGAGUUUGAGAACGAGAUAUGUUUACGCGGACAAAUGACUGUCACAGGGACAUGGGUAGCGAGAUUUGGGAAGAAAGAUAUGUGA